AUGGAGCCUGGUCCUUUUAAUCUUGUACAAUUAUACCAGCAAAAUACGCAUUGUUCACAAUCAGUAUGGAAUAGUUCUUCCACUGUAGUGUUGAGUUGUCGGAGAAGGGAGGUGAUUACACAACAUACUAUCCCAUUUGAUCACUGCAUUAUUCCCUAUGUUCAGCAGGCAGGUUUUCUUGGAGUUGCACAAAUUGGUUUUAUCCAGCUUGAUUGGCACCUUAUUACUGCUCUAGUUGAGUGUUGGAGACCAGAAACCCACACAUUUCACCUGCCUUGUGGUGAAUGUACGAUCACGCUGCAGGAUGUUGCCAUACAAUUUGGGUUACGAGUGGACGACCAACCAUUAACAGGUUCACUACAGUAUGACUGGAACAACGUUUGUGAAGAACUCUUAGGCGUUCUACCAAAUGAUCUAAAAGGAUCAAGAUUGAAUAUCCUGGUUGGCGUCCCAAUUUCCAGAAUUACCUCCCGAUGUCGACGACAUCAGCAUAUGUAG